CUCGGGGCGGUCGCGGCUCUCGGCCAGCCGGGGCCCUGCGGGGUGCGGUGCUGCCGGCGGAGGGUCCGGGCCGCGGGACUCCUUUAGGAUCUGAUUUUUUUUUUCCCUUUGUUAAAUAAAAAUGCCUUCCUUGAGUGGAAAAGCUCAGACUGUCUUGGGCCCUGUGGAGCCAGACUGCCUUGGCUACACGUUGACUCAUGAACACUUGACUAUGAACUACAGCAGCUGCUUCUGUCCACCAUCUCCAGGCCAAGAGCCUUUGUCUAAUGGGCCCAUUGAGAUGAAGAACUUGUUUUGGAUUAAGCAAAAUCCCUACAGCCAUAAAGAAAACCUUCUUUUGUAUCAGGAGACAGAUGCUGUGAGGGAGGAGCUGCUGCAUUUUAAAGCAGCAGGUGGUGGGACGAUUGUGGAAAACACAACUACAGGAAUUGGCCGGGAUAUGAAUACUUUGAAGAAACUUGCUGAGGAAACUGGAGUUCAUAUUAUUGCUGGUGCUGGGUUUUAUGUGGAUUCCACUCAUUCUUCUCAAACACAGGCCAUGACAGUGGAGCAGCUGACAGAGGUUAUUGUUGAUGAGGUACUCAAAGGAGCAGAUGGGACUAAUAUCAAGUGUGGUGUGGUGGGAGAAAUAGGUUGCUCCUGGCCUUUGACUCCCAGUGAACACAGAGUGCUUCAGGCAACAGCAGAGGCUCAGUCACAGCUUGGGUGCCCGGUUAUCAUCCAUCCUGGCAGGAACAGCGACUCCCCUUUCCAGAUUAUCCGCAUUCUGCAGGAAGCUGGGGCUGAUGCUUCAAAGACAGUCAUGUCUCACCUCGACAGGACCAUAUUUGAUAAAAAGAAACUUCUCGAAUUUGCUAAGCUUGGAUGUUACUUAGAGUAUGACCUGUUUGGUACAGAACUCCUUCAUUACCAGUUCCAUCCGGAUAUUGACAUGCCAAAUGACAAUGAAAGGAUUGCAAGGAUUCGUACGCUGAUUGAUGAAGGCUAUGAAGACAGAAUUCUGAUGGCUCAUGACGUGCACACCAAGAACAGGUUGAUGAAAUAUGGAGGUCAUGGAUAUUCACAUAUCCUAAAAAAUAUAGUUCCCAAAAUGCUAAUUAGAGGCAUAUCCCAAGAUAAAAUUGAUAAAAUACUCCUAGCAAAUCCAAAGCGGUGGUUGACUUUUAAGUAGGAACAAUGAAUAAAUAUGCCUGAUUUAUAAGGAAGCCUAAUAAAAAUCAGAUUACAGUAGAGUAGUCAUUUUAAAAAAUUUCUGAAAAACUAAAAAUGAAGUAGAUGCAAACAAACUAAUUGUAACUUUUCUUUUUAAUUAGAACAUCAAAAUUGUGUACUGCUUCUACAUUUUCUCCCUUCUAAAAGUUUGCUCAGGAAUGAUUUACUGAAUAUGAGCCUACCUACAGAAUCUUUUCAAUUAAAAUUCUAAAAUAAUUGCUUCAAAAGCAUAAUCUAAUACUGUUACUGAAUGUUACCUCCAAACUACUUCUGAAGAUGUGUCACCUGGAAGGAAAUUUCCUUGGAAGGAAUUUAUGGUUUUCAGUUAAAUUUCCUGUCUUCAGGGGCUGAUUUUAAUCCUUGUAAUACUGUCAAUCUUUUCAUUAUCCUCAUAUUCUUUGAGUAAUACUUGAUUGAAAGGUCUGGAAGUUUUAAUAAACUUCCAUUGACAAGAGAAGGCAAGAGGAAUCUCAAAUCAAAAAAGAUAAGGUUUCUUUCUAGUUUAACAAUUUACUUAGUUGUAACUGAAAAUGUAAAAAAUACAUGGAAAAAUAUAUUUUUGAAUAAAGCAUUUUGACCACCUCUUAAA